CACGCCAGGUGUGCUCUCAGCAGCUAACCAAGCCCUCAGCACGCUGGAAUUUUUCAAAGCUGGAGCAAAAAAUAGGUGCUCUUUCAACAGUGCUGAUGUCCUGAGCCACGGCUUAAUUUGGAUCUAGGAGAAGGCUUGUAGUUUCCAGAAUGGAGGAAAACACUUCCAGUAGUGGAACAGCCUCCCUCCAUAACUCAGAGAUUCCUCGGAGCAGGUCAGAAGGGACUUUGAUUGAUGUGGAUGACCGGACGCCUUCAGCCACCUACAAUGUCAAUGAAAGUAAAUUGGAUUUGGAUAUUGACUGGUCUGACCUAUUCAAACAUGCCCAUGUUGUUUCCAAGACCAAUCCUUUUUGGAACGAAUUGUCAGCCUCCAACCCGUUUGUACAUGACAUAGCUGCUUCCAAUAGAAAUGAAAAUAAUAAAUACCUUUCUGUCUUGAAAGAAAAACCCUAUUUGUUCUCUAAAGUUUCUAGCAAUAGGGAUUCUUUGGCUUCCUCAGGUGAUGAGCUUGAUAUUGAUUGUCUUCUAAGAAAGACCUCAGCAAGAAGAUCUGGACGAUCCAAGAGUGUCUCUGACUUCUUGGAUAUUAUUGAUAACCGAAGAUUUAAUCCUUGCAAGACAAUACCUCAAAAAACUAUAACUUCAGACAUUACAUGUCUUCAAAAUGACCGCGAAGCCUACAAGAUGGCUUGGUUGAAUCACCGACAGCUGACUCGGUCUUGCCUAGAUUUAGAAGCCAUGAGCCAUAGUCCUGGAUGGGCACAGACGCAAGCUACUGACAUUCAUAUAGUUUGUAAACUGAACCAUGAAGGGGGUUCAGUUCAGCUACCUGACUCUGAUAUCAAUGUUCACAUCCCCGUGGGUCAUGUAUUACCUGGAGAAUUCCAAGAAGUUGGUUUAAGGGCUAUUCUUAAUCCUCCCUCGUCAUUUAACAAUGAACUGUCUAGCACUGUAAGUCCUCUGAUAGAACUCACGCUGAGCAACCUCAACACGAAGGAAGCUAUUUUCCUAGAGGUGAAAGUUGCAGCUCAAGUGAAGAAUGAUCCUCUCAGCCAGGUUAUGAGUGAUAUUGUGUGUUUUUUUAGUUUCAGUAAAGAAGGACCUUUUAAGAAACUGGAGAAUUGCUACACUUAUCAAGAUACCAUACAAGUGAAACUAACGGACCUAAGUCAUGUGAUGUACACAGUGAUUGCAGUCCAGGCAAACAAACUGCAGCCUCCAGCCACUAAUGUCUGGGAUUAUGUUCAUAGAACUGUCUCAGUUGGAAUUUAUGGUCCCAAAUAUAUUCAUCCAUCUUUUACAACAGUUUUUGCAGUGUUUGGUCAUAACUACAUUCCAGGAAAACUUACAAUUUGUGAUAUAAAAAAGGGGGGGAAAAAUAUGCCUCCUGUUGUGUUUCAGCUGUGGGGAAAACAUACAUUUCUGCUGGAAAAGCCCCAGGAUCUAAACAUUUCUUUGGUAUCCUGUGAUCCAGAUUUUGAAAUAAAGAUGGAAGACCAAAGCAAAAAUAUCAAAGAGGAGGAACUGAAAACUGGUGAAAUGGUCCGACACCAAUUCCUGUUUUCCAUGCUAGGAUGCAGGGAGAUGCAUUUCUUUGUUUUUCUUGUUCAGAUUAAAGUCUUAAGAAGUAGCCAAGUAAUGCAGUUCCAUGUUACAACCCCUGAUCCAGCCCCAAAAUUAAGUGGAAUUAUCAGUAGGCCAAAACGCUUACAAAAACGCAAAGAAAUCAAGUCUGCACCUUUAUUUUUAAUACCAACAAUUAAAUACCCAAAGUUUCAAGACAAAAUUUUAAAUGUUAAUACUUACGGAGUGGCUUUGAAAACUGUGUUACGUCAAAAUAAGAUUGACUAUUUGUUAGAAUAUUUUAAAGGGGAUACAAUAGCACUUCUUGGUGAAGAUAAAGUAAAAGCCAUCGGACAAACUAAAAUAAAGGAGUGGUAUGUAGGAGUUCUCAGAAAAAAGAUUGGUCUGGUACAUUGCAAAAACAUAAAAGUAAUUUCUAAAGAGCAAGCUAUGGACACUACUGACAGUGAGCUAACAACCAGGAAUCUUGUUGAACAAAUCGUAUUGCCAUUUAAAAAACUGACUUAUAUCUACUCAGUAGUUUUAUCUACAGUGUCAGAGAGUGUUUAUGACUGGAGAGCUUUGUCUGACAUGCUAGGGUAUUCACAUAUGUCUUUGGAUGACUUUAAUGAGGCACAUGGUGAUAAAGAAUCAGACAGAGUUGCACAUGUUGUGAAGAGGCUAAAGGAAGACUGCCAUGCUAACAAAAAAAAGAGACUAUUCCUUUAUGAGCUCAUUAUUGCACUUUUGAAAAUAGAUUGCCAGGGAUUAGUGGCACGUCUUACCCAGGACACCAUCAUUUUGACUUCGGCUGUGAAGCUUGGCAAAUACUGGCGGGAGCUCGCAGAGAAGCUAGCCCGACUCACAAAGCAGCAAAUAGAGGCUUAUGAGGUACCCCACCAAGGAAAAAGCGGAGCAGUAGCUCUGGAGAUGAUGUGGAAACCUGCAUAUGACUUUCUCUACACAUGGGCUGCACAUUAUGGAGACAGUUACAGGGAUGUCUUACAAGACCUGCAGUCAGCCUUGGAUAAAAUGAAAAACCCGGUAACAAAACAGUGGCGAGAGUUAACUGGAACAUUGAUUCUUGUGAACUGCAUGGAAGUUUUAAGGGCAAGUGCUUUCUCCAAAAUCGAGGAAGAAGAGUAGACUACCAAAUAUGGUUUUGGAAAUUUUCCUGGAAACUGUACGGUUAUUUAUGCUUCAUCGAUGGUUCCAGAACAGGGCUAAAUGAAGUCCAUUUUACCUGAGUUGAUGCUGAGUAUAGGCCCAUACUUCUCAACUACAGCUACCUGAGAUUACCAGAGCUUGCUAAAAACUAUCAAGGAAAUAAGAAAAGAGUGGGGGAAUAAGCUGGUGAAGUCAACAAAAAUGGCUGGAAUUCUAUAGGCCACUAGGAACUAUUUCUGAUUGCACUGAUUUCUAAGUGGAGAUCAGUUCUAGAAACGGAGCCAUGCACAAAUGAGUGUAGCCCAUAGGGCCUAGGUUUACAUUAUUUUCAGGGACAUUAAAAUUUAAAUAUUUAAUACAUUUUAAUUGAUGUCCAAAACCCUCAUCUAUAAGACCAAUGGCUUCAGGGUAGCUUUGAAAGAACUUUAGGACUCUUUGUCCUCAACUGGGGCAAAAUCUAUCUUGUCCCAAAACAGGAAUUCAAGUUAUUUAAUAUGAAAUACUGGCUUGGUACAUACAGAGAAGACAGGCUGUAGACAGUUAAUACUCUCUUCUGUUUUAUCAUUCUUUUCUACUUUACAGUAUGAAGAAUAUGAGCAAUGGCUAUUAUUUUCUCAGAAAAAAAAAAAGUUAACAGUGGGGUGCCUUUAGAUUUUUUUUUUAAUGCAGCAAUUAAUUCUCAUUAGUCAUAUGCUCUAAAAAUAACCCUGCUUAGAUACAAACAAUAAAAAUCUUGCAAUUACUAAGUUUUUUAUCAAAGUAGAAAAUACAGGUCGAAUAAUGACUACAGGCUAACCAGACUUAUUUUAAUAAUUUUUUAACAUAAGCUUUUAAAUAAAUGUUUAGUUAAGUGGUAGCUCCAAAAAAGUUAAAUCCCUUUUGACUAUCUUUGAUCAACAUAUAUUCAGAAACAUCAGCACAUACUCAUGACAAGUAGUUGAAAAGAAAAAUGGUGUUCUGUCAUCACUUACAGUUGACAAGACAAAGCCAAAUUCUUUCUGGAGUACCACAAACUAGUAGCAUUACGGUCCAGAACCUGUGCUUCUGCUCUUUUCUUAGAUGGCGUCUACUAAGAAGGAAGUUUUAGUGACUCUAAAAACAAAUAGCACAUGUAAAAAUUUUUCUUCCCCUCCUCUUUCUUCCAACCUGCUUUCCUUUCUACUUUCAUUAAGCUUUCCCAAAGUACGCAUGGCUCAGGAGGAGCCAUGAGCAAAAGAGCACUUUCCCCAGUAAUGGAAGAGCUCACUCACCAAAAGACCCUUAAGCAUCAGGGCAUGACUGAAUUAGCAUGCAUGGAAGUCAUUUGGCUUCAGUGGACUUGCUCCUGAUUUGCAACAGCGUGAGGGAUUCAGCCCACAGAACAGUAAUUGUCUUUGCUGAUCAAUGAAACCUGGAGAACAAGGAUGAAGAUUAUCAGAGAUUUUUGUUGUUUCAGCUAGCACCUAUUUUAUACUGUGUCCUUUGCAGUUUUAAAAAGUGCUGCAAAGUAAAUAUAAAACAACAUUCUCUUGUUAUUUUGUGCUCCUGUGCAGACACCAGCUGUUCUUUCUUGCUUGCUGUAAUGAAGCCCCCCAAAGGGGAGAAAGUAGCUGUUGGCUUCCUCUGUCAUGCUGCUGAGUAAGGAAAAGGUGCAUACUGGCUCCUUUUAAAGUAGGAUUCUUUAAAGGUAAAAUGCUAAAUUGAAAUAUAAAAACUAUAAAUUAAAAAAAAAAAAGAAUUUCAAUUAAAAUAAAUUCUUUAAAAUAAUAUUUACAACCCAGGGACAUUUUUUGUAGAUUUUUCCAGAUUUAAUCUCAAGGCCUGCUUCUUUCAUUGCCGUGAAACAACAGCAAAAUUGUUUUUGCCUAGAACAAGAGUUGAAUUUGGCCUGGUAGAUUUAGCAAAUAUUGACUUAGUGAGUCAGUGUUCUCCUUAGCUUGCAGCAUUAUGCAACUGGUCUUGCAAGUAUAUUUCUUUAAAAGGGAAUUUAUGUCUGUCCAUAGCUGUGCUGUACUCCAGGGUCUGUACUGUAGGGUUUUGUUGCUAAUUGCUCUCCCCAUUUCAGCUUUAAGUUUCUGCUCAUAUGAAUGAAAUGUGCACUCGUGCAAUAUUCUGUUUACUUUAGCAGCCCACACUGGAUAAUUUAAAAAAAAAAAAAAGGGUAUUAAAACCCCAUAUUUUAUUUAGUGCUCUAGUAUUCAAAACCACAAAAUGCCAGCUGAGAGUGGAAGCAGCUGCACUCAGCAGCAGCACACAGCGAGGAGCACAUGACUUUGGUAAACACACUCUGUUCUUGACCUUUUCUCCUUUCCUCCCACCCUGUCAAGAGAGAACAGCUUUCCCAUGAGCCUGCACACAUACCUUCUUGGGUUUCUGCGAAGCAGGGUGAGAUUAACAACUCUUUGAGAGGAGACAAGGAAAAAUACCCUGGUCUCCACCUUAAAUGACCUCUGCUUCCAGUUUCCAUUCAAUUUCCCCUUAUAUGUGUAGGCUUACGAGACCCUUUCACUAUCCUUCUAACAUCUGUAUAAGUGUUUUUCUUAAACAAACAAGUGAAAAAUGUGUGAGCACCCAAUAAUUUUAUGAUUUCACCUAACCAUGAAAACUGGAAAAAUGAUUCCUGCAGCUCUGUCUGCCCUUGGAUGGGGCAGACACGCUCCAUGGUGGGUAGCUGUGAGGAAAAUCUAGCUGCCACUUGCACUAGAAACAAUGUUUUUUCCAGUGAAACUGGAAGACACUCCUGUUAUUGUAGCGCAGAGGCAACUCAGCUCUGUGCCAUUCAAUGGCAUGGUGAGGUGGCAUGUGUCUAAAUUAACAGCUGUCAAGAAGGCAGAGAAAAAGCAAAUUAUUCCCCCAAAGAAGUUCUAGUCCUCCAGCUGGAUUUAUAGAAGGACUCAGUUCUUUAGGUUUCACUUGCUUUUCUUUCGGAAAGCAGAGGCUUAGGGAGGGCAAAGAAAGUUUCUUUUAAAAUACAAUCAAAGAGCUACUCCCCAAGACUUUCUGUGGGUUGAGGGGUGGGUAGUGGCAUUCUUCAUUGACUUCUCCAGGGAAGAAAAAGGGCCACCCUUUUCCUGAAGAGGGCAGAGAAAUGGGAAGGGGUAGGAAAAUGUCAUUUUUAAGUCACUUUCUGUGAAAAUGACUGAUUUUUCACAAAUUCUUCCUGUUAACCUAAGCUGUGUGAAAAGCAAACACUGAGCUGCUCCAAAGCAGCAACACUGUUUUUUUUUUUUGUUUGUUUGUUUUUUGUUUUUUUUUU